CUUGACCGGGAAUCCAGGUGUAGCGAGCGAGCUCGAAAGUGUUUGCUGCCGCUGUCAUGGUUCGUCCGCUAAAUUGCAUCGUCGCCGUGUCGCAGAAUAUGGGCAUCGGCAAGAAUGGGGACCUGCCGUGGCCCCCACUCAGGAAUGAAUUCAAGUAUUUCCAAAGAAUGACCACAGCCUCUUCAGUAGAAGGUAAGCAGAAUUUGGUGAUUAUGGGUAGGAAGACCUGGUUCUCCAUCCCUGAGAAGAAUCGGCCGUUAAAGGACAGAAUUAAUUUAGUUCUCAGUAGAGAACUCAAGGAACCUCCACAAGGAGCUCAUUUUCUUGCCAAAAGUUUGGAUGAUGCCUUAUCACUUCUUGAGCAACCAGAAUUAGCAAAUAAAGUGGACAUGGUUUGGAUAGUGGGAGGCAGUUCUGUUUAUAAGGAAGCCAUGAACAAGCCAGGCCAUCUUAGACUGUUUGUGACAAGGAUCAUGCAGGAAUUUGAAAGUGACACAUUUUUUCCAGAAAUUGAUUUUGAAAAAUAUAAACUUCUCCCAGAAUACCCAGGUGUUCUUUCUGAUAUCCAGGAGGAAAAAGGCAUUAAGUACAAAUUUGAAGUAUAUGAAAAGAAUGAUUAAUGUGAAGAUGUUUUCUGAUUAUUUCAAGUUGUUCCUCCUCCCAUCCAAAAAAUUAUGUAUCUUUUUUUUUUUGAAAGAUUGGCACCUGAGCUAACAACUGUUGCCCAUCUUCUUUUUUUUUUCUCCCCAAAGCCCCCCAGUACAUAGUUGUAUGCCUUAGUUGUGUGUCCUUCUAG